UCAUCGGCUCAAACCGAGUCUCAAGUCCUGUACUCGUGCUGAAAGCUGUUGAACCAUGUCGAAGUUCCAGGUCAAGCUUGGCCGGCAUUGGCAGGACUAUGAGCACAAGGAAGACAAGAAAUUGAAGACUGCGUACAUGUCUGGACAGCGUACUGCCCGGUUCAAUAUGUUCAUCAAUGGCAAGAAGGAGAAAUACGAGGUUAAUUUCAAGCAGAUGACUCAGGAGAACUUAAUCAGUGGGGGCAGUCGAGAGAUCCGGGCUCCAUACCGUAUGGAGGCCCCAGGCGGCCCUAUCAGAGAUGCUGACGACAAGCCCAUGGAACCGGGACCAACGAUUUGCAUCAAGGUGCCCGAGGGCACAGCAGGAACUGUGAUCAAGGUCCCCCACCCAAAGGCGAAGGGCCAAUUCUUCGAAGUGAAGGUGCCGGCUGAUGCAAAGCCUGGCCAGGCAAUGCUGGUCCCUGUGCCGUCGUGGGAAGGCAGACUUGAUCCAGUGCGAGAGCAAUUCAAGAAGUGGGACAAGGAUGGCAAAGGCUACAUUAGCUUUGGGGAGCUGGCCGAGUUGAUUGCUCAGUUGAACCCGGAGUUGAGCAGAUCAGAAAUCAACGAUCUGAUCCUGCAAGUUGACAAGAACCAAGACUACAAGAUCUCCUACGACGAGUUUGCAACCUUUUUGGAGAUGGGCAAGGGAGGAGGCACUGCAGAGCAGCACAGCUCCCUGUUGUUUGUCAAUGCUUCUUGGAAUGAAGCAGCCAGUGAUCCAAAACCUGCUGCUGGCGGAGGUGAAGAUCCAGCUGCUCCGGGCACAGAAAAGAAAGGAUGGAGCACUGGCAAGAAAGUUGCAGUGGGCGCCGCUGCUGUUGGAGGUGUGGCAGUCAUUGGGGCUGCGUGCGUAGCCGGCGCAUUGUUGGCAGAAGGUGAUGGUUUGGAAGACCUUGGCGAUUCCAUUGGCGAUCUUGCUGGUGAUGCUGGAGAUGCCAUUGGGGAUGUUGCCGGUGACGUUGGCGACUGGCUGGCUGGUGCCACUGAGGAUGCAGGAGACUUCAUCAUGGAUCUCUUCUAAAGACAAAGUUCUGUCCCAAAGCCAGCAGCAGAUGUCUUGCAUUGUUUGAAACUCGCAUGGAGCUAGAUUGGAUGACAAGUUACACGAGGAUGAAACUGCUUUAACUUCUUUGACCCAGCUUGCUUGCCUCUCCAUCAAUUCCCUUGCAAACCUAACAACGGCGUGGCCCGGGUAUUGUAACCCGACACACUUGAAUCAUUGGAGUUGAAACAGUGAAACAUUGCACGAUUCAAGCCCGAUUCCCGCCCCUAACAGUUUCUGCUUUUCGCACGGGCAGCGCUUCCCGAAGGGAUUGUGUUGUUCACCAAGCUUAUUGUACUGCGAUCAGCAACCUCGCUCUAAAACAGAGUGGUUGCAACACUGUCCGACAGUGUCCAUCGUGCCAACAA